GGCAUGAUACCGGAAGUAAGCGGAGUAAAAAAAAAUAAAAAAGAAUUCGUCCGGUGGGUAACUCUUUACAACAACAAAAGUACAGCUUCGAAUCGACAUUUACCAAAUGGGCACUACGGCGAGUCAACUCGGGAAGGAUUUGCUCUCAGAAUAUCAAGAGCUGACAUUCUUGACGAAACAAGAAAUUCUUCUUGCUCACAAGAGAUUCACUGAACUGCUCACAAAAGAUGAGAAAGACCUUCCAAAUACCAGAUUACCAAUGGAGAGGAUUCUCACUCUGCCAGAGCUCAAGUCUAACCCUUUCAGGACAAGAAUCUGCCGCGUUUUCUCAACAUCUCAACACAAAGAUGGAAGCCUCACAUUUGAGGACUUUCUGGAUCUCCUGAGUGCCUUCAGCGACUCUGCCACGAUGGAAAUCAAAUCCCACUAUGCAUUCCGGAUAUUUGACUUUGAUGAUGAUGGAACUCUUGAUUGUGGUGAUCUGGAGAGGCUCGUCAACUGCCUGACUGGCGAGACGGACGACACGAGACUGACCACCGAGGAAAUGAGACAGCUCAUCAGCAAUAUUCUUGAAGAGUCCGACAUUGACAAGGAUGGAACCGUGAACCUCUCAGAGUUUCAGCACGUCAUUUCAAGAUCACCAGAUUUUGUCAGUUCUUUUAAGAUUGUGCUGUGAAGACCUCUAGCAGGCUGUGGAGAUACAUCUACUUUUAACUCUCAAAUGUUGUUUGAUUUUCAAAUAGAACAAUUUUAGAGAUUUGCCUUAAAUUAUAUUUACCUGUGGAUUUUAUUGCCUUAACUAUGCAUCCUUUUGUGAAAUAUAAAACCUGUGAUUUUUUUAAUUUCUAUCAAGAAAAUGUAAAAUAUUUCCAAAAAGUGCUCAUUUAUGAAGUUGCUUGUUUUAACAUACACAAAUAAGAACUUGUAUACCACAAAAUAAAUUCAGUCUUUUGUUCUGAUAA